ACAUGACUGCCGGAAGCAGCGAGACCAAAAUAAUAUUCCGCUUGUUUGAAAGAAUUGGGCAGUGUUAGAAGCUGGUAGUGUGCCUAGCCAUCCUUUAAACUGAGGAUGGAUUUCAUGGAGGAUGAGGCUGAGGUCUCUUCUGGAGGAGACAUCUCAGACAUGGAUGAGGACGAUGAAAUGAAUGUGAAGAAGUCCAAGAAAGAGAAAAAGAAGAAGAAGCACAGGAUAAGUGAUGAUGAUGAUGAUGAUGACGAGGAAGAGGAGGAUGAUGAAGAGUUGCUGCGAGAGGAGAUGAAGGACUUGAUCAAUGACGAUGUGGAGGAGGAAGAAGAAGAAGAGGAGGAGGAUAACAAACGAAAACACGAGUCAGAUGAGGAAGACGAUGUCAUGGACGAUGAGGACUAUGACCUGAUUGAGGAGAAUCUCGGUAUCAAAGUACAGAGGAAGGAGAAGAAAAGAAAGAGAAUUAAGAAGAUCAUAGCAUCUGACGAUGAAGACAGUGAUAAGGAAGGAGGUCAACACUCGCCCACUGAUGACCGUGAUGUGAUUGCUAACGAGCUGUUUGAUGACGAGGAGGAGGCUCAGGAGAGGCCACAACCGAAAGAGGACGAUGAGACACAUGACCUUGACCUUGAAGCUUCAGAGGAAGAGUCUGAUGUAGAUGAUUUUAUUGUGGAUGAGGAAGGUCAACCAAUCAGCAAGAAGGCAAAGAAAAAGAAACACAUCAUACACAGUGAUUCUGCACUGCAGGAAGCUCAGGAUAUUUUUGGAGUUGACUUUGACUUUGAUGAAUUUGCCACAUAUGGAGAGGAAGAAGGGGAGGAAGAGGAAGAGGACUAUGAGGAUGAGUACAUAGAUGAAGAGGCUGAAGGGGAAGGAGCCGUUUCAAGACGAAAGUCGAAGAAAUCUCACAAGAAACAGACCAAGAAAAGUAUAUUUGAUGUGUUUGAGCCUAGCGAGCUGGAGAGAGGUCACCUGACUGAUGUGGAUAAUGAGAUUCGUAUAGCAGACAUGCCAGAGAGGUUCCAGCUGCGGUCCACUCCAGUUCAACCUACAGAAGAAGGAGAGUUAGAGAAGGAAGCUGAGUGGAUUUACAAACAAGCUUUCAUGACCAUGCCUACUUCCAGACAGAACACGUUUGACCAGAUUGAUGCUCAUGGGGCACAGUACAACUAUUACAAGAGGAAGGGACCCAAUACUGUCAACAAGAUCAAAGAUGCCAUCAACUUCAUGAGGAACCAGCAGUUUGAGGUGCCAUUUAUAGCGUUCUACAGGAAGGAGUAUGUAGAGCCUGAGCUGACAAUCAAUGACCUAUGGAAGGUCUGGUACUGGGAUGAGAAGUGGACACAGCUGGAGACCAGGAAGAAGAAUAUGGUGCGUCUGUUUGAAAAAAUGCAGAACUACCAGUUUGACCAGAACUCUGAUCCAGAGAAAGUCCUGGAGACAAACUUCAGAGCUUUGACGGAAGAUGAUAUCGACAGAGUGAAGGGUAUCCAGACCCAGGAGGAACUGAGGGAUGUCUAUCAGCACUUCCUGCUCUACUAUGGAGCAGACAUAGCCAACAUGCACAAUGCCGAGAAACUCAAACAAAGGCAGACGGUCGAGGAAAGGGGAGAGAACUCUGAACAAGCACCUGAGCAGGAAAUCAUCAAACAGCCCGCCAGGAAAAGUGGAUAUACCAUCUGUGCCGAGGCCAAGCUAGGUGAUAUAGCAGAAAAGUUUGGUCUGAAGCCGGAGCAGUUUGGGGAGAACCUGAGAGACAACUACACUCGUCACGACAUAGAACAGUGUCCCAUAGAGCCCCUAGAGCUGGCCAAGGACUAUGUCUGCAGUCAAUUCCCGACAGCAGACGACGUAUUGAAAGGAGCACGUCACAUGGUGGCUAUGCAGAUUGCCCAUGAGCCCCUCGUCAGACAGUGUCUCAGGGAGACUUACUAUGAGCGGGCCAAGCUCAAGGUCACACCCACUAAGAAGGGCAUUAAGGAAAUUGAUGAGAACCAUGGGUGUUACGGGAUGAAGUACUUGAAAAACAAACCAGUAAAAGAUCUAAAGGAUGAUGAUUUCCUCAAACUCUCCAUGGCAGAAGAUGACCACCUGCUAACACUGACACUGAUGAUAGACGGAGAGGACAUGGGAACUCAGUCUUACUUUGAGGAGAUCAAACAGCUGUAUUAUAGAGAUGAAUUCAGUCACCUAGUAGAGCAGUGGAAUGAGCAGAGAACUCAGGCUCUGGAGCGAGCCCUCAAGCAGAUUCUGUACCCACAGAUGCAGAAGGAGAUCCGUGCCCGGCUCUUACAGGAGGCGAAGGAGGGCGUUGUUAAGGCAUGUUGUCGUAAGCUGUACAACUGGCUAAAGGUGGCUCCGUACCAGGUUGACCAACAGCUGGACGAUGAUGAUGACGAAGAUAGUAGUCGUGGACUGAGGGUCAUGGGACUGGCAUUUGUACAACAGAGGGACACAGCUGCGUUCUGCGCUAUGAUAGACGGUGAUGGAGAGGUGACAGAUUACCUGCGCCUGGAGUACAUGCUAACGCGCCGUAAUGCCUGGGGUCGGGAACUGGACAUCAAGGGCAAGAAACGUGACUUAGAGAAGUUAAAAGAGUUCAUUGCUUCUAAGAAACCUCAUGUUGUUGCUGUCACCGCAGAAUCCAGAGAUGCGACAAUGAUCAUGGAGGAUGUGAAGGAGGUGAUAGCUGAGUUAGAGCAGGAGGAUCAGAUGUCCCCGAUCAGUGUGGAGUUAGUGGACAACGAGGUGGCCCAGGUGUUCCAGGCCUCCAACAGGGCAGAGGCUGAUUUCCGGGAGUACCCGCCUGUUCUCCGUCAUGCUGUGUCAAUAGCCCGCAGGUUACAGGACCCCCUGAUAGAGUUUGCCCAGCUGUGUAACCCUGAUGAGGAUAUUCUCUGUCUCCGUUAUCACUCACUGCAGGAUCAUGUGAGCAAAGAAGAACUGAUCAACGGUCUCUACCUUGAGUUUGUGAACCGUGUGAACGAGGUGGGGGUUGACGUUAAUAGAGCUAUAGAACACCCCCACAUGGCCCCGCUGGUGCAGUUUAUCUGUGGUCUGGGGCCCAGGAAAGGCUCACACAUGGUCAAGAUCCUGAAGCAGGGUAACACCCUCCUGGAGAACCGAUCUCAGCUGGUCACCACCUGCCACAUGGGGCCAAAGGUCUUCCUCAACUGUGCAGGCUUCAUCAAGAUAGACACAAACUCAUUAGGCAACAGCACGGAGGUGUAUGUGGAGGUGCUGGAUGGGUCCAGGGUCCACCCGGAGACAUACGAAUGGGCGCGGAAGAUGGCUGUGGAUGCCCUGGAGUAUGAUGACACGGCUGAAGAUGCUAAUCCUGCGGGAGCACUGGAGGAAAUCCUGGAGAGUCCUGAGAGGCUGAAGGAUCUGGAUCUGGAUGCUUUUGCUGAGGAGUUAGAGAGACAGGGCUAUGGAAAUCGGCACAUCACACUCUACGAUAUCCGUGCAGAACUGAAUCACCGUUACAAAGACCUGCGAACUCCUUACAGAUCACCGACAAAUGAAGAGAAGUUCCACAUGUUGACAAAAGAAACCCCUCAAACGUUCUACAUAGGUAAGCUGGUGCUGGGCCGAGUGGUGGGGAUUGCCCACAAACGCCCCCAGGGGGAUCAGUUGGACAGGGCAGACCCUGUUAGGGAUGAGGACACAGGACUGUGGCAGUGCCCCUUCUGUAGGAGAAAUGACCUGCCAGAACUCAGUGAUGUAUGGAGUCACUUUGACUCUGGCAGCUGUCCAGGAUCGGCCAUCGGAGUCCGUGUACGGCUGGAUAAUGGCAUCUCUGGAUUCCUGCAUGUCAAAAAGAUCAGUGAUAAACAUGUCGCCAAUCCCGAGGAAAGGGUUAAGGUGGGUCAGACGCUACACUGCCGUAUUACAAAGAUUGACACAGAUCGUUUCAGUGUGGAUUUGACCUCCAGGAGCUCUGACCUCAUUGACAAAGAAUUACAGUGGAAGCCUCCCAGAGAUGAUUACUAUGACGCAGAUCUGGAGAUGAGUCAGAUUCAGCAUGAAGAGGAGAAGAAGAAACAACAGGCCAGACAGACGUACGUGAAGAGAGUGAUAGCUCACCCCUCAUUUCACAACAUAGCGUACAAGGACUGUGAGAAGCUAAUGGCCGACAUGGAGCAGGGGGAUGUGAUCAUCAGGCCUAGCAGCAAGGGCUCUGAUCAUCUGACAGUCACAUGGAAGGUCACAGACAACGUAUUACAGCACAUAGAUGUGAAAGAAGAGAAAAAGGAGAAUGCCUUCAGUCUUGGCCAGUCCCUGUGGAUUAAUAAAGAGGAGUUUGAGGAUCUUGACGAGAUCAUAGCUCGUCACAUCCAGCCCAUGGCUGCCUUUGCCAGGGAUAUCCUCUAUUUCAAGUACUUCAAGGACUCUGAAGGCGGAAAGAGGGAAAUCCUCGAUAAAGUUCUCAUUGACGAGAAGAAAAAGGCUCCUUCAAGGAUACCAUAUGUGUUCAGCAGUUGUAAGCAAUUUCCUGGAAAGUUUUUGUUGGGUUACCUGCCACGUAAGAAGCCCCACUACGAGUACGUCACAGUCAACCCCGAGGGGAUCAGAUACAGAAGCCAGAACUUCCACUCUAUAGGCUCCCUCAUUCGCUGGUUUAAAGAGCAUUUCAGGGACCCUGUGCCAAUGAGCGGAACUCCUUCCAGAACUCCAAUGAUGGGUAGAACACCUGGGGCCCGCACCCCCAACCCAAGAACACCCAUGCCUGGAACUGGCCGCACACCGGGCACAUCCAGAACACCCAUGACAAGCGGGAGAACUCCUCAAGUAGGGGGGAUAAAUCUGCAGACUGUUGACCCAGCAACCAUUCAGCGAGCUGCAGCAGGUCUCCCUAGCAACAUUUACAACACGUUAGCACAAGUGGCUGGAGCGACGCCUCAGCAGUUCGGCAACUCCUCGAACUUCGCAGGCGGUUACAGCGGUGGUUACAGCUAUAGGCCCGCCUCCACUCCUAUGAUGACACCCUUGAUGACCCCGUCUUACCACACCAGUCAGAAUGUGCAAGGCACUCCCGCCCACCAGAUGGCCGCCACGCCUUCCUACCAGCCCACCCCUCGCUCUGGCUGGCCUGGGGCAACACCCAGGACACCAGCGGCCCAGACCCCACGCCAGCACCCAAGCCAGCAGACCUCCACUGCUGGCACCGACUGGGCAAAGGCAGCUGCUCAAUGGGCCAAACAUCGUGCCAGGAAACCUGCCACCCCUCGGUCUGGACAGAGUCCACGUGCUCACCCUUCUGCCAGCCCAAUGGACUCGCCCAGAGGGGAUGCGACCCCACUGAUUGAUGAGCGGUGAGGGAUAUCACUCAGAACAGAAUUACCUCCCAUCCCUUUGUUUGUGUACAGCCAACUGCUGUCUUUCGUGGCCUUAGCUGCCUGAAUACAUGUAAAAGAUCAUGUAAUAUCAGGCCUAAUCAUAAAGGCUCAAAAAACUGGAAAAACCUGUACAUGUGAUAUCAUUCUCUAAUGAUUAUUCAUAGAUGAGAUUGGAAAUCACCAUCAGCUGUGAAGUAUGUCGAUCUUUAUGUCAUAUUACGUGUUUUGUUCAUAACAAAUUAGCUCCGCGUACUAUGACAUGCUUUUUCCAGCUCCACAAUCAUGACCUGGCAUUUUGGCAGAAGCACGCGAGUUCUGUGUGGGACAGUUAAACACAAGUGAAUAUAUUGGCAGGUGCUAAAUUUUAGUUUUUGAAAGAGGCCUUGAUUCUUUAUGGAUGUCAAAACUUCAACAGAGCCGACUUAAAUAUAUGGUAUCAGAAAGCAUG